AAUGAGGAUCGGGUGGUGCAGUACCGCGGGCGGCCGGCUGGUGGCGCUGGUGAGUCGGAGGAGGGGGCUGGGCAGUUGCACAUGUGCAGUUGUCGCUGUCGGGACAGUCUGGCAGGAGCCGUGAGUCAGAGCAGAUCGCAGCAGCGACCCCAGUACAAUGCCGGUGACGGAGAAGGACCUGGCCCAGGACGCGCCAUGGAAGAAGAUCCAGCAGAAUACAUUCACCCGCUGGUGCAACGAGCAUCUCAAGUGCGUCAAUAAGCGCAUCGGAAACCUGCGCACCGACCUGAGCGACGGGCUGCGACUAAUCGCACUGCUGGAGGUGCUGAGCCAGAAAAGGAUGUACCGCAAGUACCACCCGAGACCCACCUUCAGCCAAAUGCAACUGGAGAACGUGUCUGUGGCCCUGGAGUUCCUGGAGAGGGAGAACAUCAAGCUGGUGUCUAUAGGUGAGUGA